AUGGACUCUUCAGUGGCCGGAUCAACAACAGGCGCAACACCAAAACCUCCAAGCUCCCUCCCGUCUCUCAAACCGCUCCCACGAACCCCUCACAGCUUCCACACCCCCACCAAGCGCAUUAACACCGGUACUGACCUCGCGACCUUCCUCACCACAACCGCCUAUCGUGACAUUCUUGUCUUUCUCCUCCAACUAAAUCGCUCCCUUUGCCCGCGCCGCUCUCCGCAGGGCGGGCCCGCGAGGACCUUCCCUCUAUCCUCUCUCCCCUCAUCUACCAGCGACCGCCUCCCACCUUCAAUAAAAGCACUCCAAAACCUCCUCUCUGCCGCCGAGGCCCUCAUCGACCUCGCGCCUCCAGACCCCGGCCCGCGCCGCUUUGGCAACGUCUCUUUUCGCAAAUGGCACGAGCUCCUAGCCGAGCGCGCCCCGGCGCUGUUGUCCGAACAUCUACCACCCUCCGUCCUCGAAUUUCCGACAACAGCGUCCUCCGAGCCGCCCGCCUCCGAGCUUCUAUCCUAUCUCUUGGGAUCGUUCGGGUCUUCGCAGAGACUAGACUUCGGCACGGGCCAUGAACUCUCCUUUCUAGCAUUCCUCGGCGCUCUGUACAAACUGUCGUUCUUCACCGACGGCACAGAAAAUGAUUCAUCCGAAACAGACCGCAACAUCGUCCUCGGUGUAAUCGAGCCCUACCUCCGCGUCGUCCGUCGACUCAUCCUCACAUACACCCUAGAACCCGCGGGCUCUCACGGCGUCUGGGGCUUGGACGACCAUUCUUUCCUGCCCUACAUAUUUGGUUCCGCCCAGCUCACAGCGCCCAUUACGGAGGGGUCAGCGGAGCCCAUGCCGCUAGAAGGCUCAGUUCGCGGAGCACCCAAGACGGGAGACAUCGUGAAGCCAGCCGUAGUCGAGGAACAACGGAGUGAAAACAUGUACUUCUCAGCCGUGGGCUUCAUCAAUGAUGUAAAGAAGGGUCCAUUCUGGGAGCACAGCCCCAUUCUGUUCGACAUUUCUGGCGUACGCGACGGUUGGGGCAAGAUUAACAAGGGCAUGCUGAAGAUGUUUAAUGCCGAAGUGCUGCAAAAGUUCCCUGUCGUCCAGCACUUUACCUUUGGCUCCCUCUUCUCCUGGGACCAGGACCCCGACGCAGCGCCCGUAGCACCGUCUGUCCACGCGGCGAACCAGCCCUCAUAUAAAUAUCCAGCGACAACAACGCCUCCCCCUCCCCCUCCCGGCGCAGGUACAGCAGCGCCAUGGGCAGCGGGAGCUACAAGCCGGAUGCCCCCUCCGCCUCAGGGCUCAGGCACUGCAGCACCGUGGGCUACUGGUGCUCCGGGACGGAUGCCUCCUCAGGGCGGCAUUCCUUAUUCACGACAACCGCCGUUAACUUCGGCGGCUUCGGCGCGGACGCCUCCUGGCCCGGGCAUGCUCCCGAUGCCAGCUCCGGGUGCGCAACCGCAAGGCGGUAGCGAGGGUGGGUCGACGGAUGCGCAGAUUACACUGACCAAGGCACCAUGGGCCAAAUGA